AUGUUCCGCCCAGGUCUCGCACUUCAGCUCACCCGCGCCGUACCCCGCCGUUUCGCAUCAACAGUAGCGGCGGGCGAGAAUGAGUUUGUCGCAAAGCGCGCAGCUAUGCGCGAGCACGCUACUCAAACGACCGAUUUGUGGAAGAAGAUCAGCUUCUUUGUGUGUAUCCCCGGAAUUGCUGUCUGCGCACUGUGGACAUACAAGGCGGAAAUGGCGCACAAGGCGCACGCUGCACACGCCGGUAACCACGCCGGAGGCGGCGAUCACGGCGAGGACGCGACCGACGAGGAGGCAGAGCACGGCGGGCGGAAAGUCUACUCGUACAUGAACAUUCGCAACAAGCCAUUCCCGUGGGGUAUGCAGACCCUCUUUUUCAACCCGGAAAUCAACAUCCCCGCCGAGGAGCAGUAG